GGUCACUUUACUUCAAACUGCCGUAUGUCGCAAAACAGCCUAAGCGCCUACACGUAGCUGACAGCUACUAUUCACUACAGUUUAUAUCGUUUUAUUUACUAUUCAAGGUAACUGCUACAAUGGAAAUCUUACGUCCAUCAUUGAUCAACAUAAGUGGAAGAAUAUACAGAAGAAAUACCAUCAAAGAAGACCAGUAUGAAGAGGCGGAAGAGGAGGACUCUUCCUACGUGGGACCACCAGCAAGUGAACAGUUUGAGGAAGAACAGGAGUUCUGUGACAGCCACGCCAUAGAACAGACUGACAAAGGUUUCCGCUGUGCCAUUGAUGUCCCAAGUGUUCUUUACAAAUACAUCAUCGGAAGGAAAGGAGAGACCCGUAGAAGGCUAGAGUCAGACACAAAGACAUCCAUCAACAUUCCAAAACAAGGAGUGGAAGGGCAGAUCGUGAUCACUGGCUCCCAGAAGGCCGCGGUGUCCUCUGCCGUGACUCGUGUCGAGCUCCUGGUGGAGAGCUUUCGCAGGAAGCAACCGUUCACCCACUUCCUGUCGUUCGCUCUGAACCACCCUCAAGUUCAGGACGGAUUCCUGAGGUUUAAAGAGGAGGUGUUGGAGCAGUGUUCUCAGGACCACGGAGUAGAUGGAAGCAUCUUCCAGAACCCUGCUAAACUCCAUCUAACAGUCGGCACCCUGGCUCUGCUGAACGACCUGGAAGUGACCAGAGCAUGUGAACAACUCCAGCACUGUGAGGACUUUAUCAAGACCAUCACAGAAGGGAAGCCUCUCCCGCUGGAGGUGACAGGGAUUGAGUACAUGAACGAUGACCCAGCGAUGGUGGAUGUCCUGUACGCCAAGGUCCACGUGAAAGACGGCUCGGAUAAGCUGCAGGCCAUUGUGGAGCGGCUGGUGGACCACUUUGUUUCCUCAGGGCUGAUGGUCAGAGAAUGGGACAGAGUGAAACUGCACGGCACAGUGAUGAACACUCUGUUCAGGAAGGUUGCUUCAGCCGAAGCCACAGGAGGAAGGCACAACAUGAAGGAGCGGGAGGCCUUCGAUGCCAGGAACAUAUUAAAGAGCUUUGGGUCGUACCAGUUUGGGGAGUUUGAUCUGAAUGCCGUCCAGAUUUCCCAGAGGUAUUCUACCGACUGCACCGGCUUCUACACCCCAGCUGGCGUUCUGAACUUCUCCUGAGAUCUCUCCCCUCAACGUUGACUCGGGUCAGAGGUGAACGAUGAAGCUUCAAUGUGGACUGGACUUGUAGAGAGGUGAAUAACAGGGUUACAAAGGUGGACACGUCAGAAACUCUCUGAGUCCCCGUCACCGUGGACUUGGCUGCAGGCGUGGAAAUGCCAAUCGUGUUGUGUCAUAAAAGUCCAUCACGCAUUUCUAUGGGACACCGUGCUCCAACUCCCCCAGUCAAGUGCUAUCGGUUAAAAAAACACACUGUGUUCCUGAAGUGUUUUCAUUUCAACUGGAGUUGAAGGCCUGAAAACAACGUGAUUGGAUUACUGACAUUGGAUUAAUGAUACAUUGGAUUAAUGAUACAUUGGAGUAAUGAUACUUUGUCUUAACAUUUGGGUUGUAUAUUUUUUUUCCCUCUAUGGCAUAAGGUUCCACUAUUGUGAUAUGGGAUUCAUCUGUAAAAAAAUAUUUUAAGAAUAAACAGACAAAUUAUUCAAA